AUGCAUGCGUCUGCAUGGAUGUUACACUAGUAACUUCCAAUAUUAUUCAGGAUGUAUCUGAUCAAGAUACCUCCGACCAACGAGAAAGUCUUUGGUUUAAACGCCACAUGGUGACUAAAGACACGGUGGGUGGGGCCAGAAUACAGGGAUACAGGAGGUGAGCUUUUGGUGAGAUGGUUAGUGUGUUGGUCGUGCAGAUGAUGUGGUUCGACAGAAUAGACCCAAACCAUUGAUGAGAUUGGUGACAAAUAGCACAUAUGAAAAGCAUUCUCCCACUCAACAUCGAUAUAUACAAGUCCCUUCUGUUCCCAUAGCUCACUUCUUCUACUAAACCAAAUAGCUGCAAGAAAGCUUCAAGUUGGAACUCAUGGCUCCGUCAAUGGUGUUUCUCGUUGCCGUUCUCGUGGCCAUUCUCUCAUCCUCGUUCGCCUAUGGCGACAACAACCCAUCGGCAUACGUGGUGCUUCAAGAAUACGACUUCCCGAUCGGCCUUCUUCCCAAAGGAGUAACAGGGUACGAAUUAGACAAAGAAUCUGGAAAUUUCAAGGUUUAUUUUGACGGAACUUGCCGCUUCUCCAUUGAAAAUUCAUACAACCUCAGGUACAAAUCCACCAUAACUGGUGUUUUGUCCAAGGGCAGGCUCAAAAAUUUGAAUGGCGUCAGUGUUAAGAUACUAUUAUUUUGGUUCAACAUUGUCGAAGUUAUUCGCGAUGGCGACGAGCUACAAUUCUCUGUGGGGAUUGCUUCGGCAGACUUUUCCAUCGACAACUUUGAGGAGAGUCCGCAGUGUGGGUGUGGAUUUGCUUGUAAGAGUAGAGCUAGCUCAACAAGUAGAACUGCACUGACCUAGAUCCAACCUAGCAUUAAAAAAAAAAAAAGAGUCAACAAAGCAGGAAUUAUAUUUGUGGCAAACUAGCAAGCUGGACAUCUCCCAGUAGUAUCUGGUAGAAAGACUUGUCGAAGCUGCGUGUCUCGAUCCAUACAUUCUCCGCGUAAGAGUAGGGCUACCUCUAUGUAUAUAUAUCGUUAAUUAGCGGUAAAAUGUUUAGCAUACUUCAAAGGAUGUUCAUAUUCAGCUUUAGUGCUUUAAUUCUUGUAUACGUAAUAACCAAUUAGUCUACAAGAAUAAGAGAACGGUAGCUCAAAUAGUUAAUAGUGUUUUCUCCUGCAUCUGAGAUCUUAUGUUCGAAUCUCGUCUCCAAAUAUCGCUUAUCAAAAUAAAAAUUUAGCCUAUGAGAGAGUGGCGUUUUCUUGUAUGCAAAGAAUGCUGAAACGAAUUAGAUGGAAUAGUCAUGGUUUUGCCUUUCAAAUUUUCUCUAUAUAUUCCAACUACCAUUAGAGACUGCAUAACCAAACAGUCAAGCACUUGAUCGAAACCAUGUCUCCAAAGGCAACACUGCUACCAAGCCUAAUUCUCUUCUUUCUGCUCUCUUUCUUGAUCCCCUCGUCCUUCGCUGCCGACGAGCUGACGGUUUACGAAGCCCUCGAGGAGUACGACUUCCCGGUGGGCAUACUCCCCAAAGACGUAGUGAGCUACGAGCUGGACACCUCCACAGGUAAGUUCUCAGUCUACUUGAACAGCACUUGUAGAUUUACCAUCGACUCGUAUAAGCUGAAGUACAAGUCCACCAUAACGGGUAUUGUAACCACUGGCAAGAUCUCUAGCUUGAGUGGCAUCGAAGUUAGGGUGCUCUUUCUGUGGCUGAGCAUUGUCUCAGUGACUCGUGACGACGAUGAGCUAGAAUUAUCGGUCGGCAUCGCCUCCGCAAACUUUCCGGUGAGUAAUUUCGAUGAAAGUCCGACCUGUGGUUGGUUUCGACUGUGUGAAUGGGAAAAGAAUGAUUAAGAAUUUGGUGUCUGCUCUUUUAGGUCAGUCUUUAGCUUUUUAGUGCCAAAAUGUGGGUUUGGGCAAUGAUGUUGGAUCAAAAUUAAGAUUAAAUACGAUUUGUGAAUAAAUAAAUGUACGACUAUGUCAUUUGUUAGUGAAUGUUUACUUGCUUCUCUGUAUGAUUUAUGAAACUCCGAUCUGGAGGCCGCCAAGGUUAUGAACUUGAGUAUACCAGUUUGAA